AUGGAUCCACUAAAAAUAUCACAGAGCGACAAGCGCAUCAAAACUUCCAACCAAAAUCCACAAAACAAUAAUAACAGAAAUAAAACUCUAGGAAUCCAAUCAUUGCCAGUUGAAAUACUUGUCGAAAUACUUUCGUAUUUAAAUUCAUAUGAUCUUCAUGCCUUGGAAGAAGUUUCAACGUUCUUCGAACAACUGGUACGGCAACCUCCGGUCUGGAAAACUUACGAGACGUACAUAAUAAUCGCACAAUUAAAACGAAUGCCUCUGCUGGCGCGAAUCAGUAUUGAGACACGAUCAGACUGCGAUGAUAUCCUGAGACAGUUGUCUCGCAGCAAUCAAAAACUAGAGAAACUUCGUAUCGUCGAUUGCACUGGUUCGACGGGAAAACUUUAUCUCCGGUCGAGCUAUUUGACGCGGAUACUGGAGCGAUGCAACCGAUUGCACACGAUUCACAUCCUCGGGAGCAGAUUCCACGGGAAAAAAUUCUAUCGGCUGUUGGGUGACAUGAAGACGCGGCUACGGACACUAUCUACUCAGGCAACAUCAUCACAGUUUCUAACGUUUGCAACGUACGCCAGUCACCUGAACGAACAGGAUCGCGAAGUAAUAUGUAAUAUGUGUGUUGGCGGGAAGACGUGGGCGCCGUUACGUUAUUUUAUGCUACAACGUCCGGAUUAUCAACGUCCAUUGGCACCGAUACGACAGACAGUUUUAGUGAGUUACCUCCACAAAGACUUUGUGUCAAUCGACGUAGGUGAUACUGACAAACGUACGGCGACGACAAUCACCGACAGCGGCAGUAGCCUUCGUAAUUAG